GGAGUUGUUGAUUAUUUUUUGUCGUAUGUGUUUCGUUAUUGAACGAGGUUGUAUUGUAGCUAAAUCUAUUUACUACUGACUAAAUUAUUUAAAUAAAAUUUGUUAUAAUGAUGUGGUUUAAAAUAAGUUAAAGUUUAUAUUUGGUUUCAUUGAUAUUAAAUGAAGAAAUUUGCUACUUCUUAUUUUGCAAGCGUUUUAAUUUCAUAAAAUGCUAGUGUUCAUGAUAGCUUGAUUGGAGCGGGUUAGUGAUCUUGAAGUGAAAUAAGUUUUUAAAAUGAGCAAUUGGGCAAGACGGAUGCAUAGGAGAGCUGCGACUUUAAGUAACGUGGUUACUUCUUGCGGCCAUCCCAAUUCAUUACCGUACCCAAGAAGAUUAGAAAAAGUCAAAUUUGGUGUUCCACUUCAUGAGGUUUGCAAGGAAGACAUUCCUGGACCGUUACUUGUACUAAUCUUGAAGUUAAACAAAGAAGCACCAUUACGACGAGAUGUAUUCCGUGCUCCCGGACACCAGGGAGCAAUGAAGAAACUGAUACAUUUCCUACAAACUGGCCGACUAGUCAAUGUAGAUAACUAUUCAGUGUACACAAUAGCCAGUGUGCUGAAGAAAUUUCUUAGGAAAAUCCCAGGGGGAGUGUUUGGACGGGAAGGCGAAAUGCAACUGUUUGCAGCUGUGGAGCUGCCAGCCGAACAGCAAGUGGAUGCUAUCCGAAGAUUACUGCUGUCUCUACCGGUAUGCACGCAGCGGCUACUCGUGCUUCUCUUUGGUACAUUUCGAGUGAUGGCCUCCAACGCUGACAAAGCAGGCACCGGCAUGACAUCGGAAGCCCUCGGCGUGUCGGUGGCGCCCUCCUUCUUCCACUCUUGCGUGUCUGACGGCAAGACGGCCACAAUGGAGGACGUGCAGCGGUUCAAGGCCGAAGUGUGUGUGGCAACACGCAUAAUGCGACAGCUCAUAGAACAAUUUAGCGCCGGCGAUCUGUUCGGGCGUGAUAACUACGAGUACUAUGCCCGUGUGACCGGUCGCGUGUUGCGAGUUAAGGACGAGUGGAUAUGCUCCUUCCGGGACCCGCCGCCGCCCAGACACCAUAGGGACCAAGAGGCGUAUGCUAGACAAUUAUCACUCGAAGCAGAAAAAACCUGGUUGCAGUGUGAAUGCGAUAGAUGGGGGAACAAGUAUAAUUUGGAAGGGUUGUCAAAAUCAGAAGAAUGCCAAUCGAUGCCGGCGCUCAUGGGCGUAGUGGGGGCGGGGGGCGGCGGGGCCCUGGGCCUCGGGAUCAUUCCAGAACACAGCCUCUUGGACUCGUGCACACGCCUCUCGAUUUCCUUGGAAGAGAGUGUUUUUAAGGUGUCGGUGAGUUCGUCAUCUCAGUCGUCAUGCAGCAACUCGAGCCCGCACAUGACGCUGGAGGAGCUGCGCGCCAUCAACAAGUACGCGGAGAGCACCAAGAGCCUCUCGUACCUGCCGCAGGUGCACGAGCGGCAGCGCGCGCGGAUGCGAACGCGCUCCGAAUGGUUCCUGCAACCGGCCGCGUCCCUGGACACGCCCCGCCCCCGCCCCGGCGGCGAGCGUCGGAGUUCGCGGCGACGCUCGCGGCGCGCUCGCGUGUGCCGCGCGCUCACACACUCCGACACUGAGAUCCCGCUCGCUCUCCAACCUCGUAAAGUGACCGCCUGACCGGACGCCUGUCCGCGAUGUCAUUGCACGCGAUGAACGUUUUCGAAGCCACGUAAACCUUACUUGGCUGUUAAACCAUUGUCUUAUUGUAUAAGCACACUCCAGAUUAUGUGACCGCACUGCAUAUAUGAGUUUCUCACGUAGCCCUUGUGACAGCGUGACACAUUUCUGUCAUUUCAUUUGAAUAAAAAAUAAUGAAUAAUGUUAUGUUAGUUUUUUUAAACGCUAAAUUACUGUGAAAGAAGUGGUCGUUGUGAAGUUACGUGAGAACACUCAUAUUUGAAGGUUCGACUAUUGAUUAAACUAAGCAACGCAUAUUGUGCAUAUACCGACGAUGUAAUUUAUUUUUAACCCUAUAUACUUCUCUGUCUUGUUUAAUAUAUAGUCUGUGGUUGCAUCGUUGCACUGCGCGAUACGUAAUUGAAAUGAGCAUCCCGAAUCAAUUCCACGCCUAAUCAUUAAACAAUAACAAGCAUGGUGAGAUUAUUUGCGGGUUUUUUAUAUAUUUCAUUUAAUGAAACAUUUUAUGGAUCACCUCAAAUGCACUUAAAAUCAGUCUAAAGUUAUUUAGCGCGCAGUGUAAUAGUGUCUGUGUGUCGGCAUUCAGGCCAAAUUUAAUAAAAUGGUAUACAGCAAUAAAUUAACGUGGUAACACUGUUAUGUGCGUAGGGUUACCAGUAAACGAUAUAUAAACUUUUUAAGUUUUUGUACAUUUUCUUUGUUUUAACUCAGCAUAUACUCUUUGAGACAAUUUACAUUUUUUCAUUACUGGUAACCUUAACGUGGAAUGAUCACUGAAUCGUUAUUGUCCUCACACGAAUUGCGAAAAUUAAUCUGAUAUACAGUGCGGGUCAAAUAACUUUGUUUGCGCUAUAGGCUAUCUAUAGAAAUCUAAUUGAGCAUUAUGGGUAAUAUUCGUACAUUUCAAGUAUCGGGAACUUAGCACUUCAAAGUUAUUUGACUCGGAUUGUACCUUUUUUUAGGAACGAUGCACACAAUGCAAAUGCAACGUGUUGUAUUGUAUUAAAAACUCGAUGGACCAUUUGAAUAUCGACCCGUAUUUUUACAUCGAACAUAAAACAUGUCCGCACAAAUGUAUGAUGUGAUCAUCCCUAAAUGUAACAGCAUUCAUUGUGAUACUGUGAACAAUUAAAAAACACGUUCGAUCCACUGUUACUAAUUUAUCCAGAUACUUUUAUAAACUUCAAAAAUAGUAAAUAAUCAAGUUUUGUUUGCACCUAUAAUAUGUGUUAAACCGAAGACUUGUCUGUUCCCUGCAUAUUUCCUCAUGCAUGUAGCAUUUGGCAUUAAUGUUAUAAAAGGAUCAUGUUACAUGAUUAAAACAAUAUUUUUUUGUAAUAAAGAUUUUUGCAUCUACAAUCAUUGCGAUUAACAUGAUGUAAGUGUAAUAACCAUUUUCAGGACUUUUGUUUAUUCCGAUGUGUACUGGUACGUAGAUAUCGCCUUGUAAAUCUAUCUAGAUUCUCUAAAUACAACACAGGACGAUCCCUUGGCGCUUUAACAAUAUGUGAUGACGUUUUCACUUUUAAUAUUGUGUCUAUAAUUGAUUUGUUAAUUUUAUAUUAUUAGAACUUUUAUAUGAAUCUAUUUAGUAUGCUCUCUACUGAAUGAAAUGCUUAAAAAUGUUUGGAUAAAAUGUUAAGAUAGUCGAGAAAUUGGCAUGCCAAACGAAGCAGUUGAAGUAAUUGUUUAUGUAUAACGCUGUCAAAAUUUAAAAACAACUUGCAACAUUUUUUAUAUUUUUAAAAGGUAUUAACAUAAAAAAAUAAACAAAAUUAGAAAAUUUAAGAUUUUUAAUAUUUUUUUAUAAAAUAGGUAUUAAUUAUUACUGAAAAAGUCACAAAAGCUUUAUAAGAUUAUGUGCCAUUAUGUAAUGACGAACGCAUCUAUUUUAUGUUCCUUUAUUUUAUAAGUAGAGGAGAAUAUUCUUAACGAACAAACCUUGGACUUGACAUAGACAUAAAAACAUAACAUUCCUGUAAAUAUUUACAUUGUACUAUGGUUAGUGUAAUAUUUUAAAGUAGAAUUAAAGAUUUAAUCUUCUCAAAAGACGCCGGUCUCAGAGAUGAGAAUAGGCGAUAAUUAUUUAAUGUUAAUAAUUAAUGUGUGCUAAAAUAUUUAUGUAUUAACAAAAGAACAUUUCAGCAUUUCUCUCUACCUCGUAAUUUAAUUUCUAUGUUCAUUCUAAACCAAAACAUUGUGGCUUGAUUAUUAAACAUCACAAUUAUUUAAUGUUAAUUAUUUAUACUUCAUAGACUUUUUGAUCAAGCCACGUGAAGACUGAUUGUUUAUGAACCCUUUCUCUGGAAAUAGUUUUAUUUAAUCAUCUUAUCGAGAUAAAGAAAGUCAACUAUAGACUUUUUAAUCUUUAAUAGACACUCAAAAGUUAUGUAUAUAACAAAAGGAUUUUUUAACUUUUGACUGUAGUCAGUUAUCUAUUAAGCAAUAGUACAAAUACCAUCAAACAGUAUCGAAUUUAAAGUAUAUCUUAUCUAACCAAUUGUUAAAUAAAUACAGUUGGAUAAUUUUCUAACGUAUUACCUAUAUAGGUGCUAGUUGAUUGUGAAAUCUCUUAUGAAUAUUGUAACACGUUUAGAAAUGUGAAGUCGUUAGUUGUAUCGUCGUUUUAUACUUAUAUUAUUCGAAGCCGGCCGUGUUACGACAUUUUAAGAUACAUUUUUAUUCCAUUUUUUUGGGGUUAUAGAUAAAACUAUAUACUAUUUUUAACAUGGCCGACUAUUUCGCUUCUAAAUUUUAACGCUGUAUUUUAUCGAUUUAUUAAAAUGUGUAAAUAAAACAAAAUUUAAAAAUUAGUCGCACAUAAAUGUCAUUGGUAGGUACGAUUUUAUUCCAAGACUGUUAAAUUUGUUAUUGCAGUUUUACUGUGUUGCUAGAGAUACGCUCAUUGAAGUCGGCUUUUGAAUGCAAUUUUGUUAUUUUUUCUUUAUUAGUUAAGAUAUAAGUUCAUUAAAUCGGCAGAAGUAGAUCUCUGGCAAAUAAAUUUAUGUUUAUAUGUGAGAAAGUUGUGUUUAUUUGAUUAACGGAUGGCAGCUCAAUGUUAUUUUAUGGAACAGGUUGUGGCUCGCACCACGUCCUAUCCCUAAUCAUUCUAUGUGCAUUUUCUGUAGUAUUUUUAAUCUAGAUAUAUUCAGGUAUUGAAGAUUGAGGUUAUCGCCUAUAUAUAGUAAAUUUGAUGUUGUGUACAUAGGAAAAUUUAGUGAAACUAUUCGAUAUCUUGGAUAAACGUCCAAGCUUGUGUUCAUUGGCUAGACAUAGAUUUAAAUAGUUGAAUGAACUUACGGUUGUAGUUACAUACAUGGAAAACGCUUGUUUGUCCGCUCUUACAUAUUUAAUAUUAUGUAAAGUAAGCAUGACGUAUGUAUUAUUUUUUUGAAUUAAUAUUCUCUAUUUUGAAGUGCGUCCUAUUUUUGAAAUUUAGCUUAAAUUGAAAGUGUAUUUUACGCUAAGUUGUGUUAAUAAUUUAGAUUAGGUUAAUGAAAUUGAUUUUAUAAGACUGUUUAGCGUUUGUAUUAUAUUGACACUCGAAUAUGUUGACGUUAUCAUUCCACCGAUUUGUAUUUGUACCAGUUCUUUGAGUAUUACCCGUCAUGUAGAUGUUAGGAUCUGACUUAGCUUCUGUAAACGAGGACAUUGUUAAAAUUUAUCACAUUAAUGAAUUUUGAAUAGAAUUAUGGAAGGAUUCGCGACAUUGUUUUAUGAACAUGUUUGUUAUUUAGGUAGCGAUUAUUCUUUCAAUUUUUUGCACUACACGAAAGAAGUAUUUCUGUUAUAUCUCUGUUUUAAGUAUUAUAUACGGUAUUUGCUUUGUAAAUUAAUUUACAUGUACACACUGUAUUUGCACAUCCUUAUACUAUUUAAAUUUUUAAUAAUUACACGAAAUUAUAAGUA